GCCGUGACGCCACCCCACAGGCUCCUCUUUCCCCUCGCAUUAAUGGCCGCUCCCUCUCUAUCCCCUUCGUCGUCUCGUCUCGUCUCGCGCUAGGACUCGACUCGCCCCCCGCCUCCCUCCGGCUUAACCCUCAAGAUUUCUCCCUCCUCCCGCUUCUCCUUCCCGCUUGGGCGGGCGGGCGGGCGCGGCACCUUCCGGUUCCGGGGGCCGGCCUAUAUAUAUACGCUCGCGACCGUCUCCUCUCCAUACUCUCUAGCAUGCUCGGCUCGCUCCCGGGAUUGAUCGAGCUCGCCCGUCGUCGAAGCGAUGGAUCAUUCGGUGCCUUCCCCCUCCUCUUCUCCCCGGACCGCCGCCGCUGCUCCCGGCGGCCCCUGCUGCCGCUUUGACGCGCUGCGGCGGGCGUGCGCCAGGCACGCCGCCGUCGCCGCGCGGGCCGCCGGGUGGACGCUCGGCGCGCUGCUCACCUGCGUCUUCGCCGUCGUAGGCUCACUCGUCGGAAUCUUCAUCGGUGCCUUCAUGGGGAUGUCCACGGAGAGCGGCAUGUUCCGCGGGGCUGGCGUCGGAGCAGUUUCUGGAGCAGUCUUCUCCAUUGAGGCUGUUGAGUCCUGCAUCGAGAUUUGGAGGUCCAGCCAUUCGGGAAAAUACAGCAUUCUCUUUGUGCUGGACAUCAUCUCUAGCCUCUUCAGCGGAAGAAUUGUGUGGGAGAAAGUCAGUCCAGCGCUACAGCGUGCAGUGCAAAGCCAGAUGAGUCUAAUGAGCACACCAUUCAUCGACAACAAUGACCUUUUUGAAACUGGCAGUACUGGAGGCAUGUCAAGGGAUUUGAUUGAUAGGAUCCCAAAGAUGAGGUUCAGUGCUGCAAGCAACUGUGAUCAGGAAACUGAUAGCAGCUGCUGCUCAGUCUGCCUCCAGGAUUUCGGAGCACAACAAUUUGUGAGGGCCCUGCCUCAGUGCCAACACAUAUUCCACGUGCGGUGCAUCGACAAUUGGCUCCUUCGGCACGCGUCUUGCCCACUAUGCCGGGCCGGUGUUCAUAUAGACCAUAUACAUAUGUAAAAAAACUUGCAGCGUGGCACCUGGUGUAUUUUCAUAGUGAAUACCCGUGCUCCUGUUGGAUAUCAUAAGUAUAGCUGUAUACAUAGGGUUUCUCUCUUUUUUGUUACUUCUACAGUCUUACUUAUGUGGGGCUAUGCUUUCAGCUGCACGUUUUUGUCGAAGUAAUAGCUUGAUAUGUACAUCCUGAAAAUGGACUGACUAACAAGCUCCCUGAGUUAUGGCCUUGUGCUUCAAAAA